UCUUUGUUGACGUUGGUCGUCAGUUGUGCCUCUUUUUGCGCAAUACAGAGGUUCGGCUCGUUUACUCAAUUUAAUCCCAUUUUCACAUCCAGCGGGUGAAUAGUUCACAGGGAGAAGCUUCAGCCCGCAUUCGUCGACAACAGCAGUGCGACUGCACUUUUUCUUUCGUUUGUGGACAUCAUGGUGUGGGAGGUGGUAACCCCAGCUGUGUUGUCUACCGAGCCCAAAUAUCCCCACAUGCAGAAGGCCCAGCCCGAGGCUGAAUGCACAGGAAUGAUGAUGGACGUCGAAGAAGAAGAGUCACAUGAUCCUCUGCGCUGCGACGAACACUUCCCCGCCUCACCUGGUUUCCCCACCAGCGACAUUUACAUGGAAUACGACGACCUUCCAGAUCUCCAGGAGGUGCGAGAGGAGCCAACAGCGCCACCUGUUUACCAGGUGGAGGUCGGUGUUUCCUACCGGGAUGGACACAGCACGCCGCCCCCGGAGACGCUGUGGCUCACGCAGCUCGCACACAUCGCCACGGGCCCCCAGAGCCCCCUGCUGCAGGAGGCCCUUCACAGCAGCUCCUCCUCAGUCUGCGUCCCCAGCACCAGCAGCGAUCUGCACUCCUACGCUCGGCCUCCCCCGGCUCUCUCCAGCAGCACCAUGUCGCCCCCCAGAGGCCAUGGCAGGGAGUGCAGGCGCAGCAGGACGAGUAGUGAAUGUGGCUCUGCGGUCUCAACCCGAUCUUCUCUGUCUGAUGACGAAGACAUGGGGUGGAGUUACUCCUGCCCUCCCACGGCCUGGCACUGUUUUCUCAAAGGAACUCGUCUCCGGUUCCACGCCGGCCCUAACGUGGAGUGGCAGGAUGUGGAGGACCUGGAGUCUGGGGGGGACGACUGUGGUGAUGAGGAGCUGUGCAUAUCUCUGAAGAGUUACGGCUCAGAAGGUCUGCAGCUGAUGGAGCUCGCAGAGAUCGUGUUGUCCGGUCAGACUGUCCUGCAGUUGACCUUUGAUCCUGGUACAUUUGGACACACCCCCAUCACAGCGCGGUGCCAGCUGGACCACCCCUUCUACGUCAAACACAAAGGGUGGUCGUCCUUCUACCCGAGCCUCACUGUGGUGAAUUAUGGGAUACCGUGCUAUGAAAUGGAGGUGGGAGACGCGUGCUUGCCUCCGGGACACAGAGAUGCCAAACACACGGAUGAUUCUCUGGUCUUCGACACAUUCAGGAGCUAUGACUUCACUCCCCUGGACUCGUCUGCGGUGUACAUGCUGAGCAGCAUGGCCAGGCGGCGCCGCGCCUCCCAGUCCAGCGGGGGGGCCGUGUCUCCAGACAGAGACUCAUUACGAGAUGUUCCCAGUCCAGGCCGCUCCCACUCCGGCCAGCGGAAGCCGACCAAGACCCAACCCGCCAAGGCGCCGGCCGGCGGCGCCGCACAGCCCGGCAGGUGCAAGCGGCCCAUGAACGCCUUCAUGCUGUUUGCCAAGAAGUACAGAGUGGAGUACACGCAGAUGUACCCGGGCAAGGACAACAGAGCCAUCAGCGUCCUCCUCGGCGAGCAGUGGAAGAAGAUGCGAAGCGAGGAUCGCCGGGUGUUCACCCUGCAGGCCAAAGUGCUGGCCGACGAGCAGAAGAGGCUCAACCCCGACUGCUGGAAACGCAAGCGGACCAAUUCUGGCUCGCAAGGAAACUAGGACGGCCGAGACGAAAGAAGAGCCUGUAGGAGAACACGCGCGCUCACAAAUGUAUUUAGACGCCACAAAAACGAUCUAUGCAGAGUUUAACACACUUAUUCAGUAAUCCAGGUAUCUGUUAUACCUUAAACUCACCAAUUUAUGAGUUGAUGACAAAUCCUCAUCCAUCCUUCAUCUAUAGACGCCUUUAUUCCUGUUCAGGGUCUCGAGGGGGAGAAAUCUGCCAAAAAAAAACUAAGAAAAAGAGCUUCUGCUCUCAAAAAAAGGCCACUUCCCAUUUUCUUCCCUCAGAGACGCUAAAAACAGGAUUUUCUUUCGUGAUUGCUUUAUUGUUUGACGGGACGUCAAGCUGUUAAUUCUGCAGAGGAGCG